UGUUUCAGUAGAUUUUCACUCGUGCCCCGUGGUCCGUGCUUCGUUUAGCAUGGAUUUCUGUUUUUUGCUCGUUUUCAAUCGGUUUUAGUUACAAAACGUGUUGCAAUUCGUAAUACUCGCGUAGGAAAAACAAUUAAGCAUGUUGAAGUAAUGGAAAAUUGCUAAAAGUUCGUUGUUUUCCGCAGUGAAAAGUGUCGACUUUCUUUGUUUCCGGAGUUGCAGCAGAGGAUUUUUAUCAAGUUUUCGGUUUUAUUUUCACUUUCCCCCUUCCUUCGUGGAUGAACACACCCACCCGAAGUGCGGAGUUGUUUUUGUUCAUUUGAAGUACACAACGUGCGUCGGCGGUGGAUCGCAGCACAGCAACAGUCCGAUUUGUGUCCGGUCUUCCACCCUCAGCACAGUCAGCGCGAGCGCAACAGUUUGGUGAUUGAGCUGGAGCAGCAAUCACAACAGCUUGUUUGCUGCUGUUUUCUACAAUUCCCGGUCGGCUAGUGUUAUUAAUCAUUCAUUCGCGGCUGAGCCGUUCAAGUGCAUAAACCUACGCAAGCCAAUCGGCCAGUGCAGUGUGUGCGAUUGUGUAUUUCUCUGUUCGCGCGGUUGGAUAAAUACCUGCCUGUGCUGUAUAUCAUUCCGCUAAAGCAAGAAGUUCAAUCAGUCCGGAUGAGUUUCAGCAGCGUAAGUUUGCCGGGGUUGGGCGAGAUGGAGCAGAUUAUCUGCAGUCUGGAACGGGGGACAUUGAUCCAGAAGUUCUACCCGCGGCGGAAACCGGAAAAGAAAACGCUGAUGCUUCGCAGGGAAACGCGACAGGUAACGUGGUCUUCUCCGUCGCAAAAUAGUCGGGCGAAUUUCGAGGACGCCCUGGAGCUGCGAGAGGUGAAAGAAGUUCGGCUAGGCAAAAGUUCGAAAGAUUUUGAGAAAUGGCCCGAAGAGACCAAGAAGAUCGAACUGCGCAAAUGUUUCGUGGUGUUCUACGGAAGCGAGUUCAAACUGCGUUCACUUUCGGUUGUUGCUCUUUCGGAAAAAGAAUGCGACAUGUGGAUAAAGGGCCUAAAAUACAUGGUCGCCGACACAAUCAAUGCCCCCUACUGGCUCCAGGUCGAACGGUGGCUCCGAAAGGAGUUCUAUGCCAUGGAAAAUCACCGUGAAACUGUAACACUGAAGGAGGUCAAAUCAUUCCUUCCCAAAGUGAACUGCAAGAUAACCACCGCCAAACUGAACGAAGUAUUCCACGAAGUGGACUGUCGACGACGGAACGAGCUCGGAUUCGACGACUUUACCCGGCUCUACCAGAAGCUCAUGACAUCGCCCAACAUCGUUCAGGACUAUUUCGACGGUUGCAUGCCGUAUUCUAAAAACGGACAAACAGUGACGCUGAAAGAGUUUCAAAAGUUUCUCCUGGAAGUACAAAACGAUCCGCUUGGGAACGAUGAAAAAGCAACAUCCAAUUUCAUCCGGGAAUACGUCCAGGACCCCAUCCGGGAUGUGCAGGAACCCUAUCUGAAGAUUCAGGAGUUCAUAGACUUUCUGUUUUCGAGGCAAAAUGAGGUCUGGGACAGUGAUUGCGAUUCGGUUUACCAGGACAUGAAUCGCCCCCUUGCUCAUUACUGGAUUUCAUCCUCGCACAAUACAUAUCUCACGGGCGAUCAGUUCUCCAGCGAGUCUUCCGUCGAAGCGUACGCCCGAGCUCUGCGCAUGGGAUGUCGCUGCAUAGAGCUGGACUGCUGGGACGGACCCGACAACAUGCCACUGAUCUUCCAUGGACACACAUUUACAACGAAAAUUAAGUUUAAGGACGUAAUCAAAACAAUCAAAGAGCAUGCUUUCGUUACCUCGGAAUACCCGGUAAUACUGUCCAUUGAGCAGAACUGCUCCCUUGGGCAGCAAAGAAAAAUGGCCUACGCAAUGCAGGAAGUGUUUGGCGAUAUGCUGUUGACGCAGCAGGUGGAAAAAAAUGAGCUACAGCUACCUACGCCGCAGCAGUUGCGGAGAAAGAUUAUCCUGAAGCAUAAAAAACUCCCGGAAAACGGGGGCAAGCUAGAGGACGGCGUUGUGCCGAACGAUGGCGCACUGGUGCGGACCGAUGAGACUGAGUUGGACAUCAGGAACACCAUGAAAAAUGGCAUAUUGUUUCUCGAGGAUCCCGUGGAUAAGGUUUGGAACCCGCACUUCUUUGUUCUGACACAGAACAAACUGUUUUACACGGAUAGUCAAAAAACGGAACGGGAAGAUGUGCGUGAUGACGAAUUUGAGAGCAACUUCUCGCGACCAAAGGAGAGCGUAACGAAUGAUGAGUUGCACUUUGGAGAGAAUUGGUUCCACGGAAAACUGUCCGGUGGACGAGAGGAAGCCGAAAGUCUUUUGCGCCAGUACGCUCAUCUUGGUGAUGGAACAUUUCUCGUACGCGAGAGCGUCACAUUUGUCGGAGACUAUUGCUUAUCGUUUUGGCGUCAAGGAAAGCCUAAUCAUUGCAGGAUUAAGCUCAAGCAGGACAAAGGAGUGACAAAGUACUAUUUGAUGGAAAAUAAUUUGUUCGAUAGUUUGUACAGCCUAAUUAUCUACUAUCGUCAGAAUCCCCUAAGAAGCUCAGAAUUUUACAUUACACUGAAAGAACCAGUUCCCCAGCCAAAUAAGCACGAAAGUAAGGAAUGGUACCACCACAAUACAACACGUGAGCAGUCUGAAAUCAUUUUGCACCAGAUUCAGACGGACGGUGCGUUCCUAGUCAGGCCCAGUGAUAAAGGACCCAAUGCAUUCGUUAUUUCAUUCAGAGCCCAUAAGAAAAUAAAACAUUGUCGAAUCAAAGUAGAAGGACGAUUGUACGGAGUGGGUGGCAUGGAUUUCGAAAGUCUGAUAGACCUGGUCAAUUUCUACAUGAAACAUCCGCUCUAUAGGAAGGUGAAGUUAACGCAUCCCAUUCCCAAAGAUAUGCUGAAACGCAUCAACACCAUGAAUGGUCCCGAGGACAACGGAGCGUACAGCUAUAUGGAUCCUUCAUGCAUUAACGAAAAGGUCACAGUUAAAGCACUUUACGACUACAAAGCUCACCGGGAUGAUGAACUGUCGUUUUGCAAACACGCAAUCAUCACCAACGUAAAGAAAAGCAAUGAACUGUGGUGGACGGGAGAUUACGGUGGCAAAAAGCAGCAUUAUUUUCCGGCCAACUACGUACAAGAGAUCAGCACUUCAGACGGCAAUAGCGAUGACAGUGGAAGCGAUUCGCUAAUGCUGGGAAGUCUGCAGAAAGGAUCUCUGGAUGUUCAUGGAGCGGUCGUAGAUUUGACGUACGGGCCGCUGCCGGAAUUGGAACGGGUUCUGCGCAUACAGAACCCAUCGAUGCAGAACGUGUUUGAAGUUGGUGUGCAAACCCAGGCGCAAGCCAUUGAAUGGAUGUGUGCAAUCAAGGAAGCUGCUCAGAAUGCAAGCGCCCUGGAAGACGAGCGUAGAAAAAUGGAAAGAAAUUCUCGUGUAGCCAAGGAGAUGUCCGAUAUGAUAAUCUACUGUCGAAGUGUCCCGUUCAAAAACAGUAACUGGGUGUUCUACGAAAUGUCCAGUUUCCCCGAGACCAAAGCAGAAAAGUAUUUCCUGCAGCAAGAGACAAGGUUGUUCGUUCGGUAUCACCGCAACCAAAUCAGUCGAGUUUAUCCAAAAGGUCAGCGGCUGGAUUCGUCUAAUUACAACCCGGUUCCACUGUGGAACACAGGAUCUCAGAUGAUUGCACUGAACUAUCAGACACCCGAUAAACCGAUGCAGUUGAACCAGGCUAAGUUCCGGGACAAUGGUGCAUGUGGAUACAUUUUGAAGCCGGACUUCAUGUUCCGAGAUGAAUUUGAUCCUAAUGAUCCAAACACGCUGAUCGGCGUGGAAGAGAAAGUGAUCAAUAUUCGAAUCAUCGGCGCAAGGCACCUCUGCAAAGGAGGCCGAAACAUUACCAGUCCCUUGGUAGAAAUUGACUUGGUCGGGGCGUCCUUCGACAGUGCUGUGAAGCAUCGAACCCGAGCAGUAGCUGACAAUGGUUUCAAUCCGAUAUGGAAUGAAAUAUGCGAAUUCCGUGUCAUCAAUCCUUAUUUUGCGCUGCUACGGUUCGAAGUGCAAGACGAAGACAUGUUCGGUGAGCCCAACUUCAUUGGACAAGCCAUCUUUCCGGUUAAUGCAUUACGCACAGGCUACCGAAGUGUUCCUUUGAGGAACAAAUACAGCGAAGAAUUGGAAUUGGCAACCCUGCUGGUUCACAUCAGUAUCCGUACGCAAGAACAGAAUGGCAACGAAAGGUUGAGUUUGUUAAGCUAAGGAUCGUAGUCAAUUUUACGAUAAAUUACACUGUCGAUUAUUAAGCAUACUGCAGGUGACAAAGUAGUUCACUGGUAAUUAUGAAGACUACAUACGGCAAGUAUUAUUUAUUGAUGAUGCAUUUUAAACGCAACAAAACCUAAACUAAUCCAUGUUUAAAAGUGCCUAAUUAGUGUAACUGAAACGUUUUUGAGCCUAACAUUGAUACAAAUUAUACGUUUUUGAUAUAGAUGUAUGUAUGAAAUUUUGUACUAUGAGGUUUUACGCUACACCUUGAAGUGUGUUAAUGUUUAUUGUUUUAUGAAUGUUGAUACGGAAUAUUGGAUUUCUAUAUAUAUGUGUAAUGUCUGAACGAUGUAUUUAUUAAAGUUUAGUGUUUUUGAAUAAUAGAUUUAUUCGAAUGUAAGACAA